AUGGCUCCAUCGCACGAAAAAGGCCGUCGGGGGACGACCAGAGCGAGCGACGACGAGUUUGUCCUCUACCUCCAGGGCGUCCCAGCCCACUGCCGAUGGCAGGAAUUAAAGGACUUUGUGCGCCAGACUGCGAUGCAUAUCCGACAAGCUGUCGUCUACGAUGAUCCGAAUGGCUAUCCCACUGGCAUCGGUCAGAUCAUUGUCAAGAACGAAGACGAGGCAUGGCGUACUUUUCGAAAACUGGCGACUACCGGAUGGGAUGGCCAGGUUCUGACCGUCACGCUGGCAAAAGCCAGUGCUCCAACGAAGCCUAUUUCUGGGCCCAAGCAAAGCCCGUCUGCGAGUCGGCCUCGGUUUUCUUUUGGUAUGGGGAAUGGCAGCAGCAAUCGGACUGUUCCAAGCGACUCCGUGGCCACACGAGGCUAUAUGCCUGCUCCUCCUCCUCUUAUGAACUACAUCCACGCAUACCCUGCAAGCACGCCGUCCUGGGCUGCGAACCCAGAAGCUCACCCGUUCUCGCCAUCGCCGGCUGUGUUUCCCUUUAACCACAUGGAGUAUCAAUACUACCCGACCUCGUCGAUGAAUCCUCCUCAGCACAUGUACGGGGCAGCGAUAAUGGACGCUACUACCAUGUUCAUCCACACAGUCCCUUACUACCACCAAGGAGGAGUAAUAGCAACAGGAGGAGGCUAUCCCGACCCCACGACCUCGACCGCAUUCGCACUGGCUGCUGCUGUCCCGAGUUGCUGCAGCGUGAUUAUCGACAAUCUUCACCGCAAUAUCGACGUGCAGACGCUCAAGGACCAUUUCCACACAACCGCUAGAGCUGUCGUCGAACACUGCGAGAUCGUGAAAACUCCUCCUUCUCCUCACGCCAAAGAUAAAGAAGCCUCGAGCUACGCCAUGGCAACCUUUCCAUCAACCGAGGAAGCUACCAAGGCAGUCUCGCUGUGCAACGGGACUAUGCUUUCCGGGAACCGCAUCGUG